CUCUCACGGGCUAUUAGUGGCAAUAAUCAGUAGACGGUGCUGUUUUCCGUGGUUUUUAUUGCGUGGUUUUGUCGUGAGGAUUUGCAGCACAUUCAUCCAUGAUGGCGGAGGACAGCGAGUCCGCGGCCAGCCAGCAGAGCCUGGAGCUGGACGACCAGGACACCUGCGGCAUCGACGGAGACAACGAGGAGGAAAAUGAGCACAUGCAGGGGAGUCCUGGGGGGGAUCUUGGUGCAAAGAAGAAAAAGAAGAAACAGAAGAGAAAGAAGGAGAAGCCAAGCUCAGGAGGUGCCAAGUCUGACUCUGCCUCUGAUUCUCAGGAGAUAAAGAACCCUGCCAUUCCAAUGCAGAAACUGCAGGACAUUCAGAGAGCUAUGGAGCUCCUGUCCACCUGUCAAGGUCCAGCCAAAAACAUAGAUGAGGCCACAAAGCACAAGUACCAGUUCUGGGACACUCAACCCGUGCCCAAACUCAAUGAGGUAGUGACAACUCAUGGGCCAAUUGAGCCGGAUAAAGAAAAUAUCAGACAAGAGCCAUAUUCCCUCCCACAGGGCUUUAUGUGGGACACACUGGACCUUAGCAGUGCUGAAGUGCUGAAGGAGUUGUACACUUUGCUGAAUGAAAAUUAUGUUGAGGACGAUGACAACAUGUUUAGAUUUGACUAUUCUCCUAACUUUCUGAAAUGGGCGUUACGUCCCCCGGGUUGGCUGCCCCAGUGGCACUGUGGUGUCAGGGUCUCGUCCAAUAAGAAGCUGGUUGGGUUCAUCAGUGCCAUUCCUGCUGACAUCCACAUCUAUGACACGUUGAAGAGGAUGGUGGAGAUUAACUUCCUGUGUGUGCAUAAAAAAUUGCGCUCAAAGCGUGUCGCCCCUGUACUAAUCCGAGAGAUCACGCGGCGGGUCAAUUUAGAGGGAAUUUUCCAGGCUGUAUACACUGCUGGUGUAGUCCUGCCCAAACCUGUGUCUACAUGCAGAUACUGGCAUCGCUCACUAAACCCCAGGAAGCUUGUGGAGGUUAAGUUCUCCCAUCUCAGCAGAAAUAUGACACUACAACGGACAAUGAAGCUGUACAGAUUACCUGAUAGCACUCGUACUCCUGGUUUGAGGCCGAUGGGAGAUGGGGAUAUGAAGCAGUUGACAGCAUUGCUGCAGAAACACCUGAGCCAGUUCCACCUGCGGCCUGUCAUGGGGGAAGAGGAGGUGAAGCACUGGUUCCUACCACAGGAGAACAUCAUUGACACUUAUGUAAUCGAGGGCUCUGGCGGGAUGCUAACGGACUUCAUCAGUUUCUACACCCUGCCAUCCACAGUGAUGCAUCAUCCACUGCACAAAAGCCUGAAGGCUGCUUAUUCCUUUUACAAUGUCCACACAGAGACGCCACUCAUAGACCUGAUGAAUGAUGCUCUCAUCCUAGCCAGACAGAAAGGUUUUGAUGUUUUUAAUGCACUGGAUCUAAUGGACAAUAAGAAUUUCUUGGAAAAGCUCAAGUUUGGGAUUGGUGAUGGUAACCUGCAGUAUUACAUGUACAACUGGAAAUGCCCUCCCAUGGACCCAGAGAAAGUUGGCCUUGUUUUACAGUAACUGGCUGCUUCGUGUUGGAUGCAGACUGAUCGAGAGGUCCAUCUCAAAUUCUCUGACCUGGGCGUAGUCAAUAUAAAGAGGAAUAACUGACAUCCAUUCAAAGUGAAUGAGUUAUGUUGUGCAGCUCUCUUAGGUCUUGUUCCAGUUAUUGAGGGGUCUCCCCUCCUUUCUCUUCGUCUUUGACUCUCUCUCUCUCUGAGAAUGUGAGAAACAUUUAUCAAGGUCAAACACAUAGC